AUGCUCAUUCCACCCUUGUUCCCCCUUCUUGCUCGCUCCCAAUUCGUUCAGAAUGUGUGGAUCGAAAGCUAUGAUCCCACGAUUGAAGACUCCUAUCGAAAGCAGAUUGAGGUCGAUGGCCGGCAAUGUAUUCUGGAAAUACUCGAUACGGCAGGGACCGAGCAGUUCACCGCUAUGAGGGAGCUUUACAUGAAGCAAGGUCAAGGCUUUCUGCUCGUAUUCUCUAUCACCAGCAUGUCAUCCUUGAACGAGUUGUCCGAGCUGAGAGAGCAGAUUAUCCGGAUAAAGGAUGAUGAAAAAGUCCCCAUUGUCAUUGUGGGCAACAAAUCCGAUCUGGAGGAAGACCGCGCCGUUCCGCGAGCUCGAGCAUUCGCACUUUCCCAGAGCUGGGGUAAUGCUCCCUACUAUGAAACUUCAGCGCGUAGGAGAGCGAACGUCAACGAGGUCUUUAUUGAUCUUUGCCGGCAGAUAAUCAGAAAAGACAUGCAGGGAAACUCGUCCAGUGGCUCCGACAAUUCAGCGAGAAAGCGUGAAGGCGCCGGUCGUUACGAUAAGAAGAAAGAAAAGAAACGACGAAAGGGCCCCUGCGUUAUCUUAUAA